AUGGCAACCCAAUUGAACAAUCCAUUCAGAACUUCAAUUCUAUAUCACAAAGAUCACCCUUUCACUACAACCACACAAAAAACCACAAGAUUUCAUGUUAUCACCAAUGCUACAUCCAAAACCAACCGUUUCAAAGAACUCAUAGAAUCUGGCACAGUUAGAACUAUUUUGCCAAAAGAUGCUUCAACAGUUAUGAACUCAGAAGGUUUCGUUCUCCUUGAUGUUAGACCGAAUUGGGAGAGAGAGAAAGCACGUGUGAAAGGGUCUUUGCACGUGCCAAUGUUUGUUGAAGAUAGGGAUAAUGGUCCUUUAACUUUGCUUAAGAAAUGGGUGCAUUUUGGUUAUAUUGGUGCUUGGACUGGUCAGUAUCUUACUACUUUUAACUCUGAGUUUCUUAGUCAAGUGGAGAAUGUUCUUCCUGGUAAAGACACUAAGGUUCUUGUGGCAUGUGGUGAAGGAUUAAGGUCAAUGACAGCAACUUCAAAGUUGUAUAAGGGAGGUUAUAGAAAUCUUGGAUGGUUAGUUGGAGGGUUUAAUCGUUCACAAGACAAAGAUUUUUUAGAAGUUGAAGGAAAAGAGAAGUUGAAGUAUGCUACAAUUGGAGGAGCUUCGUAUAUCUUUCUGCAAUUGCUAAUACUUCUACAAACUGUUAGUAAAUAA